GACCUCUCUCUGCGCCGCGUGUGGAGGAAGCAGUCUGCGGAGAAGCUAAACUUCAAAGCUCUCCUUACCGGGGAGCCUCUUAACAGACAUACAGGGCUAAUUUAAAAAAAAAAAUGUUAGUGCUAUUCGAGACCGCUGCUGGCUACGCCAUCUUUAAAGUCCUCGAUGAAUCCAAGCUGCAGGAGGUGGACAGUCUGUACAAGGAGUUUGAAACUCCUGAGAAAGCCAACAAAAUACUGAAACUGAAGCACUUUGAGAAGUUCCAAGACACAACAGAGGCCUUAGCAGCUGCCACCGCCCUUGUUGAGGGAAAACUCGGCAAGAGUCUGAAGAAGGCUCUGAAGAAAGUUGUUGCCAAGGAAGCUCAUGAACAGCUCGCCAUAAGCGAUGCGAAACUGGGUGGCGUCAUUAAAGAAAAGCUGGACCUGAGCUGCGUCCACAGCCCCGCCGUGGCCGAGCUCAUGAGGUGCAUCCGCAGCCAGAUGGAGGCCCUCAUCUCCGGACUUCCUCCCAGGGAGAUCAGCGCCAUGUCGCUGGGCCUGGCUCACAGUUUGUCCCGCUACAAGCUCAAGUUCAGCCCGGACAAAGUGGACACAAUGAUUGUGCAGGCCAUCUCUCUUCUGGAUGACCUGGACAAGGAGCUGAACAACUACAACAUGCGCUGCAGGGAGUGGUACGGCUGGCACUUCCCUGAGCUGGGGAAGGUCGUCACAGACAAUCUGGCCUACUGCAAAACCGUCCGCAAAGUCGGUGACCGCACCAACGUGGCCACCACUGAUCUGUCGGAGUUCCUCCCGGAGGAGAUCGAAGCCGAGGUCAAGCUAGCCGCGGAGAUCUCCAUGGGAACAGAAGUGUCGGAGCAGGACAUCGGCAACAUCCGGCACCUGUGCGAUCAGGUCAUCGAGAUCUCAGAGUACCGCUCUCAGCUCUAUGACUACCUGAAGAACAGAAUGAUGGCCAUCGCCCCGAAUCUGACUGUCAUGGUGGGCGAGCUGGUCGGCGCGCGCCUCAUCUCUCACGCUGGUUCCCUUCUGAACCUGGCGAAGCACCCGGCCUCCACAGUGCAGAUCCUCGGAGCCGAGAAGGCUCUGUUCAGAGCGCUGAAGACCCGCAAAGACACUCCCAAGUACGGGCUCAUCUAUCACGCCUCUUUGGUGGGUCAGACUACGGCUAAGAACAAAGGAAAGAUUUCCCGAAUGCUGGCGGCUAAAACGGCGCUGGCUAUCCGAUACGACGCCCUUGGCGAAGACACGAACGCAGAGAUGGGAGCAGAGAACCGGGCCAAGCUGGAGGCCAGACUACGGCAGCUGGAGGAUAGAGGAAUCCGAAGAAUCAGCGGAACAGGCAAAGCAAUGGCGAAGGCAGACAAAUACCAGCACAAGAGCGAGGUGAAAAUCUACGAUCCGUCCGGCGACUCGACGAUUCCGUCCACCUCAAAAAAGAGGAAGUUCGAGGAGGUCGAGACGAGUGAACAGGACCCUGUGACUCCGGUGGCCAAGUCCAAAAAGCCCAAAAAGGAACCGGUAGCAGAAGAGCAAGAGGCCGAAACGGCAGCAGAGUCUCCUAAGAAAAAGAAGAAGAAGAAGAAGGAAAAGAAGGCAGAGGAGGAACCUGAGGAGCCAAAGGACGAAGAGGAGGAAAUGCCAGUCAGUGAGGCGGACGAGGUGGAGGAGCCCGCUGACCGACCCAGGAAGAAACAGAAGACCCAGCAGCUCGGCCUGACCAGGACCCCCCUGAUGACGUUGUCCGGACACAACGAGGCGGUGUCCUCCGUCUUGUGGUGCGACAACGAGGAAGUGUGCAGUGCAUCCUGGGACCACACCAUCCGAUUGUGGGACGUGGAAGCCGGAGUCAUGAAGACCACGCUGUCGGGCAGUAAAGUGUUCAACUGCAUCUCCUACUCCCCUCUGUGUCGACGGCUGGCCUCAGCCAGCACCGACAGACACAUCAGACUGUGGGACCCUCGCACCACAGACGGAACCCUGGUGCUGUUGUCUCUGACGUCCCACACCGGCUGGGUCACCGCAGUCAAGUGGGCGCCUUCCCAUGAGCAUCAGCUCAUCUCCGGUUCCCUAGACAACCUGGUCAAACUCUGGGACACCAGGAGCUGCAAGGCUCCGUUGUACGAUCUGGCAGCUCACGAGGACAAAGUGUUUUGUGUGGACUGGACAGACAGCGGGCUGAUGUUGAGCGGCGGCGCAGAUAACAAGCUCUACACCUACAGAUACUCAGCCGCUCAGACAGAUGCAGGAGCGUAGGCAGACGCCGGCCAUCUUGUUUUCGGAUCCUGGUUGUUUUAAGCAGAUUUUUUUUCGAUUUAAAUGUCUCCCUCUGACCCAAGUAGAGUAUAAACUAAUGUUCCUUCUUCAAAUGUGUCGACUUGAAUUCAAGUGCUUUGGUGGAAAUGUUUAGUUUACAAAAGACAAAUAAACCUAAAGUUAUGUACAAGUGUUGUCUACAUGUAAAGAAGGUAUUUGUAAUUAAAAACUUUUUUUUACCGAUGAAGCCUUCGAAAA